AUGGGUGGUGAUCUCUCUGAUUCUUCACCACUAAUGAAUCCUACGAUUAACGAACCCUUGGAGAUCGACCUCGAAGCGGGGCCUGGGGAGCAAAUCCAAUGCCGAAUUUGCCUUGAAACUGACGGGUUUGCAUUUGCUCAUUGCACAACUUGCAAGGCUCCUUAUCAUUUGAGAGUCCAUGUUGUUGCUGAUAGGAAAUGGCGAACUUUGAAGUUUCGAUUUUUUGUGACUCGAGAUAUUUUAUUUAUCUUUCUUGCUGUUCAGUUGGUUAUUGCGUUGUUGACAUAUGUGGUGUAUUUCAUUGAUUGCUACCAGAAAUUUUGGCUUCGACAGGCCUGGGGUUUCGAUAGCGGACUAAGUUUCUACUACAUAUGUGGAGCACUGUUGUUUUUCGCAUUACUGGGCUUAUCUGGGUGCUUCAUCACGUGUUAUGACAGAAGAGUGCGCAAUGACUUGGCCCAGCCAUGUCGAGAAUUGUGUCUUUGUUGCUGUCACCCUGGAAUGUGUGCUGAUUGCCAUCUGCCUGGCACUCUUUGUAUGUGGACCGACUGUACCACAUGCUUUGAAGGUUGUGCUAGUGCAGCUGGUGAAUGUGGUUGCCUGGGAGGUGCUGGCGAAGCUGGGUUGCCGCUAUUAUUUAUAAUGGCUUUAAUUGUGUUGGGACUAUUUACUGUAAUCGGUAUAUUCUACAGUGUGCUUGUGGCAACCAUGGUUGGACAGAGGAUUUGGCAGCGACACUACCACAUACUAGCAAAACGAAUGCUUACAAAAGAAUAUGUUGUGGAGGAUGUUGACAAUGAGAUGACUGGAUCUGAUUGGUCUCCUCCACCCCUUCCCCCCGAGCAUGUUCAGCAGCUGAAAACACUUGUUUCAGUUGUUGCAUCUGGUGUUGGGAACAGAGCUCUUUUCACGUCUGGUGGAGUCAGCUCUUCAAUGUUUGUGGAGAUCUCAAUCUGUGUUGUAUAUUUCUUGCCUUUUGCGGUUGUUUUGGCUUGA